AUCUCCGCUUUCCGUCUUCCCGCGAACCGACGCCAUUCUUCGCCCCGGUUCCACGGCUCGAAUCGCAUGACCGCAUCCGAUCCCGCCCGGCCCCUCCUCUAUACACUGGACCGAUCGCCUGGGCCGCUGAUGGAGGGAGGGACGCCCGCGACGGCGGCGGCGGAGGCGAUGGAGGCCACGGGGAAAGCCAAGAACGACGGGGUGGUCAAGGAGGUGAUACGGCUCGAGCGCGAGUCCGUCAUCCCCAUCAUCAAGCCCAAGCUCGUCAUGAAGCUAGCUUACCUCAUCGAGCGUGAGAACGACCGGACUGAGUUCAUGAAGCUAUGUAAGAGGGUGGAGUACACAAUCCGCGCUUGGUACCUUCUGCAGUUUGAUGAUCUCAUGCAACUCUAUGCUUUAUUCGAUCCUGUUAAUGGGGAGAAGAGUUUGGAGCAGCAGAGCAUGACAUCCAAUGAACUUAAAACCUUAGAACUCAAUUUCUUAACCUACCUUUUUCAGAUCAUGGAAAAGAGCAACUUCAAGUUGUUAUCUGACGAAGAGUACGAGGUGGCGCAGUCUGGUCAGUAUCUUCUAAACCUCCCAAUCAAGGUUGAUGAAUCCAAGGUAGAUAGCAAGUUGUUGACAAAGUACUUUAGGGAGCACCCACAUGACAAUCUACCAGCAUUUGCUAACAAGUAUAUUAUCUUCCGUCGGGGCAUUGGGAUUGAUCGGACAACUGACUACUUCUUCAUGGAGAAAGUGGAUGUCAUCAUAUCCCGAGCAUGGAGGUCAUUGCUUCGAGUCACAAGGAUCGAUAGACUGUUCUCAAAGAAACAAGUACUGCCAAGAAAGGACACAAAGAAGACUGAUGGAAUAAAUGAUGAUGUAGAAGAGCCAGACCUCUAUGUCGAGCGUGUUCGCCUAGAGAAAAUGGAGCUGAGCGUAAUGAAUCUGUUGAGAAAAAUGACAAUUCAAGAGCCUACAUUUGAAAGGAUGAUCGUGGUGUAUAGGAAGGCUAGCCCAGAAAGUAAGCCAGAUCGAGGGAUAUUUGUAAAGCACUUCAAGCACAUUCCGAUGGCCGAUAUGGAGUUAGUCCUGCCAGAGAAGAAGAACCCAAGCUUAACACCGAUGGAUUGGGUCACAUUUCUAAUUUCUGCUGUGAUUGGUUUGGUCACUCUGAUAGGCAGUCUAGAAAUGCCCAAGGCUGACAUAUGGUUUGUCACAGCUAUCCUAUCUGGUCUGGUUGGAUACUGUGCGAAGAUAUACUUCACAUUCCAAGCAAACAUGGUCCAAUACCAAAACUUGAUUACAAAGUCGAUGUAUGAUAAGCAGCUUGAUAGUGGGAGAGGAACACUCCUCCACUUGUGCGAUGAUGUGAUCCAGCAGGAAGUUAAGGAGGUUAUCAUUUCUUACUACAUUUUGAUGGAGCAAGGAAAGGCCACUGUACAGGAUCUUGAUUCACGUUGCGAACAGCUCAUCAAGGAAGAGUUUGGUAUGGAGUGCAAUUUUGAUGUUGUAGAUGCUGUAAAGAAGCUAGAGAAACUCGGCAUUGUUUCUCGGGACUCGAUUGGGAGGAUCCUAUGCGUCCCAUUGAAGCGCGCAAAUGAGAUCAUAGGAACAACUACUGAAGAAAUGGUGAUGCGAGCCCAACAAGCUUCGGGAUAAUUACAUCAUUCAGUCAAAACUUAUGCGAUGCAAAGGCCUGCCGCGCUGAUGCAUUCUUUUGAGCAGUUUGCUGGUGUAGAGGAGAUGUUGUUAUUCUUUCAUCUGCUCAUCCUUCUCUCUUUUUAGUGUACGGGCAGUUCAACAAGUGGACUGUAGAGAGCACACGAUUUACAUGUACAGAACCGUUGCUUCCUGAUUGCUUUCGCGUAGAUUAGUUACUUCCUGAUUGCUUUCGCUGCUUCACACCAGCCUGCUUAUGAUAUACAUACAGUAUCAUGUAUUGGAACAUUUAAGGAAACAUAAGGCAGCUUGCUUCUGAU